CUUAAUAAAAUUAUUGAUACAUUUUUAGAAACAAAAAAUGAGAAUCAAUAACUUUUUAAAAGAAACGUUUUAUGGAGAAAACGCCACACCGCUCCCGAUUGGAAUUUGUGUGGUUUUGUAUGUGCUAAUUUUGUUCAAUGGAAUGGUGACCACUAAUCUCUCAUCGUACUUACCACAACUUGUUAAGAUAUUUUGUGUGUCAAACUUGCUUUUUUCUGCAUUUGUAUUUUUGCUUCCAACUUCUGGCAUGAUAAAAAAUAGGAAAGCUUUGUGGGUAGCAUUAUGGAUUUUUAAUUGUCUCGUUAGAUCAACUCAUUCUGCAGCUAUUUUAUCUUGUAACGUCUUUGUUAGUAAUUCAGUUCAACCUGAGUUUCUAGGUUUAGCAAAUGGUCUUGGUUUGUCUUUUGCAUCAAUAGGAAGAGCAACUGGAUCAGUUAUUUUUGGUCAAGCGUACUCGUGGUCAAUGAAGAAUUUGAAAAAUCAACUCACUUUACACAAAGCUGUUUAUUUUCCAGUUAACGAAUAUUUUGCUUUUACUCUGAUGUCUGUUUCUGCUUUGUUUGUUUUAUCCCUCGGUACCAUUCUUCCGAAAAGCAUCGAUAAAAAGUUUUGCUCCCCUUCUCUCUCCCAAGAACAUGAAAUGGAAAAGAAAGUAAAAGUUUGAAGUGUUUUAACAGAGUCUUUAGUUCUAAAUUGUAAAAAUAAUCGAAUAAAUAAUUUAUUAUUUAUGCUAAAUAAAUUUUUUAUUCUGUUUUCA